AUGCGCCUGGCUGCGCUGCUGGCCGCGUUGCGGCCCGUGCUGCCGCUCGUGCUGGGCCUCUCCCUCGGCUGCAGCCUGAGCCUUCUGCGCGCUUCUUGGAGCCAGAGCGGUGCGGAGGACCAGUGUCUGGGGGGGAUCGGCCGUCCCGGGCCCCUCGCCGGCGGAGCUCUUCCGGAGGUUGCAGAUGGAAGGCUGGGCCCGGGUCAUGAGGACUUCAGGCCUAGGAUUGUUCCAUACUACAGAGACCCCAACAAGCCUUAUAAAAAAGUGCUCAGAACUCGCUACAUCCAGACAGAAUUGGGAUUUCAUGAAAGACUGUUUGUGGCUGUGCUGACAUCCAAGGCUACCCUGAAUACAUUGGCAGUGGCAGUGAACAAGACAGUAGCCCAUCACUUCUCUCGCCUGCUGUACUUCACUGGGUUGCGCAGUGCCAAGGUGCCUCAUGGCAUGGUGCUGGUGGCCCAUGGGGAUGAGCGUCCCAUUUGGCUCAUGUAUGAGACCAUGAACUAUAUUCAUCAGCAUUUUGGUUCUGACUAUGACUGGUUCUACAUCAUGCAGGAUGACACCUAUGCCCAGGCUGAACAGGUCAAGGCUCUGGUGACACACCUAAGUAUUAACCAAGAUGUCUACCUGGGACGAGCAGAGGAGUUUAUCGGGGGGGAUGAGCAGGCCCGCUAUUGUCAUGGUGGCUUUGGCUACCUGAUCUCCCGCAGCCUGCUGCUUAAGCUUCAUCCGCACCUUGACAGCUGUCGCAAUGAGAUCCUUAGUGUGCGGCCAGAUGAGUGGCUGGGACGGUGCAUCAUUGAUUUCCUUGGCAUCACCUGUGUUUCCCAGCUCCAGGGCCAGAAUUAUCACACCUAUGAACUGGCCAAAAAUACUGAGCCAGAGAAGGAGGAAGAAGAGGAGUUCCAAGCAGCUCUUGCUGUGCACCCUGUUUCUGACAUGACCUUGAUGUACCGGCUGCACAAGCACUUCAGCAGGAUCCAGCUUGACAGAGCCUACCAGGAGAUCCAGGACCUCCAGAUGCAGAUCAGGAACCUGACUUCAUUGACCCCUGCAGGUGAGGUGGGCUUGACUUGGCCUGUGGGCAUUAAUGCCCCAUUUCUUCCAAAGUCACGUUUUGAGGUAAUCAGCUGGGACUACUUCACUGAGCAGCACCUCUUCUCUUGUCCUGAUGGCUCCCCCAAGUGUGAACUCUUGGGAGCCAGCAAAGCAGAUGUCAGUGAAAUCAUUGAGUCUGCACUUGAGCAACUUAACAGUCGCUACCAGCCUCUGCUCCGCUUCAGCAAGCGGCAGUUGCUGAAUGGUUAUCGGCGUUUUGACCCUACACGGGGCAUGGAAUAUACUCUGGACUUGCUGCUGGAGGCAGUGACCCAAAAGGGCCACAGUCAUGUUCUGGCCAAACGAGUGAGCUUGGUGCGACCGUUGAGUAAGGUGGAAAUUAUUCCCAUGCCAUAUGUGACAGAGGCCACACGAGUGCAACUGGUGCUUCCCUUGACAGUGCAGGACCUGGAUUUUGUGGCAAACUUCCUGGAUAUGUUUGCUAUGAACACACUGGACACACAUGAUAAUGCCUUGCUGACUUUGCUUUUCAUCUACCAUCCCUAUGAUGCUCAGCGUGUCAGUCAGGUGGAUGUUUUUGCUGGAGUCAAAGCCAUGGUAGGAGAGCUGGAGAAACGCUAUGCAGAAGUUAAAAUCCCCUGGAUUAGUGUUAAAACUGAGGUGCCAUCACAAGUGAAACUCAUGGAUAUAGUCUCAAAGAAGCACCCUGUGGAUACACUGUUCUUCUUGGCCAGUGUUUGGACAGAAAUCAACAUGGAGUUCCUGAACCGCUGCCGCAUGAAUACUAUCAGUAAUUGGCAAGUCUUUUUCCCAGUGCACUUCCAAGAGUUCAAUCCUGCGUUGGUGUACCGUGGUGAGCAGACUGCUUCCUCCACCACUGACUUCCUGAGGGAUGGACAUUUUGACAGACAUUCCUUUGCUGAGGCCUGCUUUUAUAAUUCUGACUACAUGACAGCACGUACAAAGCUAGCAGCUGAUAUCUUAGACCGAGAUGAGGUGCUGGAAAGCAUGGAGGUAUUUGAUGUCUUCCUACACUAUUCUGGUCUGCACCUAUUCAGGGCUGUGGAGCCAGGCUUAGUGCAGAAAUAUGCACUGAGGAGCUGCAAUCCCCGCCUUAGUGAGGAGUUAUACCACCGCUGUGUGCUUAGUAACUUGGAAGGACUUGCAUCCCGCUCACAUUUAGCCAUGGCUCUCUUUGAGCAGGAGCAGGCCAACAGCACUUGAGAGACUAGAAACAUCAAGAACUUCUCAGCACCUUAACACUUGGCACUUUCCAUCCCCUUCCCAGCCUUGCCAUGGGUGAAGGGCAUGUGAUGUCCAGGGAGGAGAAGGAGGAGGACUUUCCCAGCCCUGCUCUGAGACACAGGCCUGGGCUGCAGGGAGAGGCUGUUUCUCUGGGGGUUUUGUGUUGGGUUUUUUUUUGUUGCUGUUGUUUUGUUGAGUUUUUUUUCCUGGGUUUGGAAUAAAUAAGUUUCUUUCCAGGCA